GUUAACAAACACCCCAAAUCAUGUCCAGCAUAUUUUUCCUUCAUGAGUAUUUAAGUCCAAUAGUUUUUGUGUCAAACAUCAUUCCAUUCUAUCGCUCAGUAAAGGAUCAACACCAACAAACAAAAUGUUCAAACAGAUCAUAUUCGCUGCCCUCCUGGCUGUUGUUGCUGCCAAACCCGGAAUCCACUCAGUGGCCUACAGCGCACCCAUUGUAGCUGCACCUGCAGUAGCAGCAGCAUACUCGCUACCCGUUGGUGCAGCAUACCCAGCUCCAAUUGCUGCAGCCUACGCUGCACCUUUUGCAGCAUACAGAGCGCCCCUAGCCUAUUCUGCUCCUUUUGGUGCCUAUAGUGCACAGGUAUUAUUAAAGUGAACUCCUUAAUUUUAAUAUGAUUCUAAUGACCGAAUAAACUUCUGCGCAAACCA